ACUUUCAUGAUUCUCAUGAACAUAUGUGAGAUUGUUGGUAUCUCUUCGAGGAGCUUGGUUUCAGAGCCCGGCUAUGAGUAAUCUACCUACACUGUUUCGGUCCUACAGGUGAUGAGGGCAUUGCUUGCAGAGAUGUGCCUGGAGAUUGUGCGGUUUGUAUCUGAGGCCAUCCUGGAGGUCAUCAUCCCUGCAAUUUUCCGUUUUGUACGGAUAUACAGCCAUGUGUCUCCAGUAUCCAGCAAGUCUCUGACAGAAUCAGAGAGAUCCUCUAGCACAAACCUGAAGGUUCGCAAGAGAGGCAGCAGCAAAUCCUCAAGGUCUUGCACGGCCAAAUCAAGCUCCUCUCGUAAUGGGUCUCAGACAGUGUUGCCAAAUACUCAGGGAGAUGGUGAGUCUAUAUCAUCUGAGCCACUCAGUGACUUUUUUGGGAUCACUGAGGACAGUCUCCUCACUAGUGUCCAGGAUUCCUUCAAAGAGUCGCUGAACAAUGUCCUCUGUAUCCAAAGAGAGGACCAGGUAGACACUCAAAGUCUAUCCCGGGUUAUUGUUGGAGAAGUGUCAAAGAAGGUCAAUUCCAUAAUCUCUGUGGCCAUCCAAACUCCCAUCUCUGGGCGAAUGUCCCCUGUCAUUUUUGCCAGUGGUGGUGUCUCCAGCACCAAGGUGGUUGAGGAGAUGGUGUCUGGCGUUUCCAACAUACUUCAGAUGUACAUUAAUGGGAAGAGUGUUGAGCAGAGUGUUGUUCUCAGAGAGGAUGGUGUUGAGGUGGAUAUGACACAUUUAACAGGACAGGUCAUGACAGCCCUCAGUGGCACUGUUUUGAACUUCAGCAAUAAGGAGGAAAAUGAUCCCAACAAGAGGGAACUGCUUUGUGUUGUUGCUGACCAUAUGAAGAUGUUUGAAUCUUGUAAAAGUUCUGAGGAGAUGCUAAAACAAGGAGAGAGCAACCUCAAUAUCAAAGGUGCCAAAUCUAGUCUUCGUCUGUCAACACAAAGUAUGGACAGACUACUCACUGAGGAGUUUCAGACCAAGGCCACUGAAUCGAUCCAACCCAAAGUGUACACAGAAGGUCAACAAGAAGACCCACUGCACUCCAACACCUUCCCAGAACCAGACCCCUGCUAUCAGUGAAACAGCAAUUGUCAAUGAUCAAGAAUCCUGCCGAACAGAGUGUAUGCUCCAUCAAGAAGAAACCAAGGAAGCGUUCGCUCAUUUCCAGGAUGUUUUCAGCUAUAGGCAAAGCCUUGUCCAGUCCCUUUACUUCCUGCUAUAAAAGGAAGAGCACCUAAUCUAUAUUUCAAAAUAAAUAUUUUAAAUAAACA